CAACCGUUCAUCAUGGAUUGUCGAAAUCACGACCGUUGAUAUCGCUCGGCGUAAUCUUGAGAGUUUUAAGCACUGCCAUCGCCUGCUUCAUCCGGCAGCGAAGCGAGAGAGAGAGAGAGAGAGAGAGAGAGAGAGAGAGAGAGAGCGGAGACCUAAUAUAGGAUUCCUCCAAUCUUCCCUCCCCGCCUCAGUUCUCGAUGCUGCAGCCAUCUGAUACCUUUUGAGGAGGGUUUUCUUUUGGAUUUGGCGGAGUAUUUGUUGGCUGGGAGGCGAAUCUGCCGCCCCAGGAAGUUUACAUUCAAACGCAAAGUAUUAACUGGGAAUGCUAAAAGAUGUGCCUGGAUGCUGAGGCUGCUAUCUUCUCGGAGUUUAAUGAGACUACAACUCCAGUUGAAACUAAACAUUUUAAUACACAUCAUAUGCUCCAUGUGGAGUUGCCUGAAAGAUUAACCAGAGGCAAGGAAAACGUAUUCACUGGAGCGGUUUUACCAGUUGAAGUCUUCUGCGCUUAUUUUCAGAAUAUUAUGCAGUGAAAAUUGAAUAGCAUAGCAUAUAUUCUCUUUGACCAUUUGCCUUGGCAGAAAUGGAGUUCAGAGGGAAGGUUGUGAUGCAAAAGUAUGAUUUGGGAAGACUAUUAGGGAAAGGUACUUUCGCAAAGGUGUACUAUGCUAGGAACAUCAGUGAUGGCCAAAGUGUUGCUAUAAAAAUCAUUGACAAAGAAAAAGUAGUGAAGGCUGGUCUCAUGGAGCAGGUGAAACGUGAAGUGUCAGUGAUGAGAUUAAUCAGGCAUCCAAAUAUAGUGCAUCUUUUUGAGGUCAUGGCCAGCAAGACCAAGAUUUACUUUGUCAUGGAGUAUGUCAAAGGUGGCGAUCUGUUUAGCAAGGUUGCAAAAGGAAAAGUAGAAGUUGGUGAUGCUCGAAAGUACUUUCGACAGUUGAUUAGUGCUGUCGACUACUGCCACAGCAGAGGUAUCUAUCACCGUGAUCUGAAGCCUGAGAACCUACUGUUGGAUGAAAAUGAUAAUUUAAAGGUUUCAGAUUUUGGUUUAAGCACCCUUGUUGAUUCAGAAAGGCUAGACCGCCUACUGCACACAACUUGUGGAACUCCAGCUUAUGUUGCUCCUGAGGUGAUCAGUAGAAUGGGUUAUGAUGGUGCAAAUGCUGAUAUCUGGUCCUGUGGGGUUAUUCUGUUUGUGCUUAUGUCUGGCUAUUAUCCUUUUCAAGAUUCGAAUCUGAUGGAGAUGUACAAGAAGAUUGAGAAAGGAGAAUUUAAAUGCCCCCAUUGGUUCUCUCCCAGUACCAGGAAGCUUGUUGCAAAGAUCCUAGAUCCUAACCCAAGUACCAGGAUUUCUAUUGCGAAAAUCAGGGAAACCAAGUGGUUCAGAAAAGGGCUUGAUGGGAGGAAAAUGAAAAUCAAGCAGCCAAUAGAAGAUAACAGCCAUUUGGAAGCAGCGACAGCACACGACAAUCCAGAGAGUAAUGCUGCAGAGGAAAAAAAUAAUUCAACUAAAAUCACCAACUUGAAUGCUUUUGAAAUCAUCUCUCUUUCUGCAGGGUUUAACCUUUCAGGCCUAUUUGAGGAGAACCAAAACAAGCAGACUUGGUUCACUUCUAAAAAGUCUGCAUCAGCCAUAAUCUCUAAGCUAUACGAGGUGGCUAAAAUGUUAAAAUUCAAAGUGAAGAAGAAGGAUGGUGGAAUUGUAAAGAUGGAGUCCUUGAAAGAAGGAAAGGAUGACCUUACCAUUGACUUUGAGAUCUUUGAGGUCUCCCCGUCACUUUAUUUAGUGGAAGUAAAAGGUUUAAAUGGCGAUACUUGGGAGUACCACAAACGUUUGAAAGAAGUUAGGCCAGCUCUAACUGACAUUGUUUGGCGAUGGCAAGGUCAUCUAAAUCCAUUUUGAGAGCUCCAAGUCUAAAUAGAUCAUCACUCUUUUUCUGUUCAGUUUGGUAAUAUGGAUCUCACUUGCUAGUCAUUCUCCUUCACUUAGCUAGUUUGUUAAAAUAAUGUCUCAUUCAUUGCAUGCUUAUGAUGUCAAUUGUGUUUAAGCAUCUAGUUUCUUGCUUUAAAAUUUUGUGAUUGAGGGUGUUUUAUACUUGUUAUGAGAGGCACAUUACACAGUUUAAAUUAUUAAUCUCAUGUGGAACUUUUAUCUUUC